GCGAAGAAGACCGGAAGUAGUCAUCCGGAAGUGGGCCCAACACGCUUGUAAACAACUAGCAAGCAUACGGCCGAUCACGGAAUAACAGUUAUAACAUCGUGUGUGUAUAUUUUAUUUGGAUUUCACAAGACGUCAGGUGAAGAUCGUGUCGAUGGAGGAGACGAAACCAGCAGAGGGGAUCGUGGAUCUCGAGGAACCAAAGAAAAUGACCCGAGAAGACUGGAGGAAGAAAAAAGAGCUGGAAGAACAGAGAAAACUAGGAAAUGCUCCAGCUGAGGUGGACGAGGAAGGAAAGGAUAUUAACCCUCAUAUUCCCCAGUACAUCUCAUCCGUACCUUGGUACGUUGACCCCUCAAAAAGACCCACCCUCAAGCAUCAGAGACCUCAGGAAGAGUUUGAGAAACAGUUUGCGCCCAUUGGUGAAUGGUACAAGAGAGGUGUACAAGAAAAACCAGUCAGCACGAAGUUCAGAAAAGGAGCCUGUGAAAACUGUGGUGCCCUGACUCAUAAGAAGAAGGACUGUUUGGAGAGACCCAGAAAGGUUGGGGCAAAAUUUUCCGGGACAGGCAUUGCCCCAGAUGAGCACCAACAGAUUCAGCUCUCAAUGGAUUAUGAUGGUAAAAGAGACAGAUGGAAUGGAUAUGACCCUGAAGAGCACACACGUAUUGUAGAGGAAUAUGCGAAGGUUGACCUGGCAAAACGUACUCUGAAAGCUCAGAAACUGCAAGAGGAGUUAGCUUCUGGUAAACUGAUAGAUCAAGUUAACUCAAAGAAACAUCUCGAUGAUGCCCAGGAGCACAGCAGUGAAGAUGAGGAUGAGGACAAAUAUGUGGAUGACUUUGACAUGCCUGGACAAAACUUUGACUCCAAGAGACGUAUCACAGUUAGAAACUUGAGAAUCCGUGAGGAUAUUGCUAAGUACCUCCGGAAUUUGGAUCCAAAUUCAGCCUACUAUGAUCCCAAGACUCGAGCCAUGAGGGAGAACCCAUAUUCCAACACUGGCAAAAAUCCAGAAGAGGUGGUCUACGCCGGAGACAACUUUGUCCGCUACAGUGGUGCCACCAUCUCUAUGGCCCAGACGCAGCUGUUUGCUUGGGAAGCCUAUGAGAAGGGAUCUGAAGUUCACCUGCAGGCAGAUCCAACCAAACUGGAAUUGCUCCAUCAGUCCUACAAGGUCAAAAAAGACGAUUUCAAGGAGAAACAGAAAGAGACUAUCUUGGAAAAGUAUGGUGGGCAGGAGCACUUGGAUGCCCCUCCGCGAGAGCUUCUGUUGGCUCAGACAGAGGAGUACAUUGAGUAUUCUCGUCACGGUGUGGUGCUUAAGGGACAGGAGAAGGCUGUGGCCUGCUCCAAAUAUGAGGAGGAUGUGCUCAUUAAUAACCACACGUGUAUCUGGGGAUCCUACUGGAAAGAUGGCUACUGGGGUUACAAAUGCUGCCACUCGAUGGUGAAACAGAGUUACUGUACCGGUGAAGGUGGCAAGAGAGUAUCAAACAAUGCUUGUGUUCCAUUCGAAGAAGAUAUAGAGGAUGCCCAAAUGGAUGAAGAACCAAAGACUCUUUUACAGAUGCACCAGGAGAAGAUGAAGGAAAAGAAAAAGAAGAAAAAGAACAAGAAACACAACAGCAAAGAUUCUGACAGCAGUGACGAGGAGGAUGAAGCAAAAAAGAAGGAAAAGCUGAAGAAGGCACUGAGCGCAGAGGAGCAAAGGCUGAAACAGGUGGCUGAAAUGAUGAAGGUGGAUGAGAGGAAGCGGCCAUACAACAGCCUACAGGAAGUCCGUGAACCCACAGAGGAAGAGAUGGAAGCUUUCCGCAUGAAACGUUACAGAGCCGACGACCCCAUGGCUUCUUUCUUGGGGCAGUGAAUAGAAACAUGAGUUUUGUGAACUUAAAUGUCUUUUGUAUUAAAGGUGUAUCAGUCAUUGCUUUGUUACAUUGUUGGUAAAAGUCCCAUAUUGACGAUAUGACUCCAUUAAAGACUUGCUUAUUUUUCCAUUCUUGUUAAGAGGAGUAAAACUGUCUUGUAAUUUAAUUUUAGUUUUAGUAUAUAAUCAUCUGAAUGCUUUCAUAAUUAAAUGUUUGGUUAGCCCAGCAUUUUAUUUGUCUUGUAAAUAUCAAGUACCCAAUAAAUCACAAAUGGGUUAUG